CGGGCGCCGCCCGCCCCGCAUCCCGCCGGCCCCGCAUCCCGCCGCGCCGCGCCGCCGGCCCCAAAUGGAUUAUCUGCGGCUGGUGCUGUCCUGCCUCGUCCCCCUGCACGGCUGCCUGGCCGCCGGCAGCGCCCCAGAGCUCCUCCUGUCCGGCAAACUCAGCGAGUAUGGUGUGAUCGUCCCAUUCAGCGCGGAUUGCCGCGGCCGCUUCCUCUCGCACGUGGUGUCCGGCGAUGCGGCGGCGGGGAUCGGCGGAGCCGCCUGUCCCCCAGCCCAACGCCCGUCCCGCCGCCGUGUCCCCCGCAGCCCCCUGGAUGAGUCCCCCCAGCGCCGCGAGGCCGGCGGCCGCUUGCUGUACUUCAACGUCACGGUUUUUGGGAAGGAGCUGCACCUCCGGCUGAGGCCCAACCAGCGGCUGGUGCCGCAGGGCGCCGUAGCCGAAUGGCAGGAGGAUUUUGAGGUGCUUUUCCGGGAACCCCUUCAGCAGCGGUGCCUUUUCACCGGCGACAUCUCCGGCAUGCCCGGAGCCGCUGUGGCCAUCAGCAACUGCGAUGGACUGGCUGGCCUGAUUCGGACAGACAGCAAUGAGUUCUUCAUUGAGCCCCUGGAGAGGGGGCAGCAGGAGACAGAGGAGCAUGGGAGAGCCCACGUGGUAUACCGCCGGUCGGCCAUCCGGCAGGAUGGUGCUGAGCCCCAUCAGGACUUCCACCCUGAAGUGUCCGACAUGCAAGUGGGUGAUCUCCCCAACUCCCUGGAGCUGAUGACGGAGCGGCUGGGGGACACAGAACGCAAGAGGCGCCACGCCAGGAAGGACGACUACAACAUCGAGGUCUUGCUGGCAGUGGAUGACUCGAUUGUACGCUUCCAUGGGAAGGAGCAUGUCCAGAACUACGUCCUCACCCUCAUGAACAUAGUGGAUGAAAUUUACCACGACGAGUCCCUGGGUGUUCACAUCAACAUUGUGCUGGUCAGGAUGAUCAUGGUGGGAUACCGCCAGUCAGUCAGCCUGAUAGAGCGAGGGAAUCCAUCUCGGAGCUUGGAGCAGGUCUGCCGCUGGGCUCACUCACAGCAGCGCUCUGACCCGAAGCAUGCCGAGUACCAUGACCAUGCUGUAUUUCUCACCAGGCAAGAUUUUGGUCCCGCAGGUAUGCAAGGCUAUGCACCAGUGACAGGGAUGUGCCACCCACUCCGCAGCUGCACCCUCAACCAUGAAGAUGGCUUCUCCUCGGCAUUCGUCGUUGCCCAUGAGACUGGCCACGUGUUAGGCAUGGAGCAUGAUGGCCAGGGCAAUCGCUGUGCUGAUGAGACCAGCAUGGGGAGCAUCAUGGCACCACUGGUCCAGGCUGCCUUCCAUCGCUACCACUGGUCCCGCUGCAGCAAGCAGGAGCUCAACCGCUACAUUCACUCUUAUGACUGCCUCCUGGAUGACCCUUUUGAGCACCAGUGGCCCACACUACCCGAGCUGCCAGGUAUUAACUACUCCAUGGAUGAGCAGUGCCGCUUCGACUUUGGAGUGGGCUACAAAACGUGCACUGCGUUCCGCACCUUUGACCCCUGCAAGCAGCUGUGGUGCAGCCACCCAGACAACCCCUACUUCUGCAAGACCAAGAAGGGGCCACCCUUGGAUGGAACCGAGUGCUCUCCAGGCAAGUGGUGCUUCAAAGGUCACUGCAUCUGGAAGACGUCAGAGCAGCCUUAUAGCCAGGAUGGCAGCUGGAGCUCCUGGUCCAAGUUUGGCUCAUGCUCCAGGACCUGUGGUGGAGGCGUGCGCACUCGCAGCCGGAGCUGUGACAACCCACCCCCAGCAUAUGGUGGGCGUCACUGUCCAGGAUCCACCUAUGAGUACCAAGUGUGCAAUGCUGAGGAGUGCCCGGGGCCCUACCAGGAUUUCCGUGCCCAGCAGUGCUCCAAGCGCAACUCCUACUACACCCACCAGAACAGCAAGCACUCCUGGCUUCCCUAUGAGCAUCACGACGAUGCUCAGAAGUGUGAGCUGAUCUGCCAGUCCGAGGGAACAGGGGAUGUGGUGUUCAUGAAUCAGGUCGUUCACGAUGGUACCCGGUGCAGCUACCGAGACCCCUACAGCAUCUGUGUCCGUGGCGAGUGCGUGCACGUUGGCUGUGACAAGGAGGUUGGCUCCCUGAAGCAGGAUGACAAGUGUGGGGUCUGUGGAGGGGACAAUUCCCACUGCCGGACUGUGAAGGGCACACUGGCCAAGACCCCGAAGCAGCCAGCAAGUGUUUUGAAGAUGUUUGAAAUUCCGGCUGGAGCUAGGCACCUUCAGAUAGAAGAGAUGGAGCCAGCAUCCCAUAGCAUCGCUGUUAAGAAUCAAGCCACGGGUAAUUUUGUCCUUAAUGCUAAGGGUAAAGAAGCCAAAAGCCAUGUGUUCAUUGAGAUGGGAUUGGAAUGGGAAUACACUGUUGAACAUGGCAAGGAGAGCCUGAAAACCAGUGGUCCUCUGCAUGAGGCCAUCAGUGUUUUGGUCAUCCCUCAGGAGGAGGAAGCAAGGAGCAGCCUGAUGUACCGGUACAUCAUCCAUGAGGACCUGCUGCCCAUGAUUGGAAACAACAAUGUCCUGCUGGAGGAGAUGGAUUCCUAUGAGUGGGCCCUCAAGAGCUGGUCUCAGUGCUCCAAGGCGUGCGGAGGAGGCAUCCAGUACACCAAGUAUGGCUGCCGGCGGAAAAGCGACAACCGGAUGGUGCAUAGAAACUUCUGUGACAAUGGCAAGAAGCCGAAGCCGAUCCGGCGGCGUUGUAACCUCCAGGAGUGCUCCCAGCCAAUCUGGGUGGCCGAGGAUUGGGGCGCCUGCAGCAGGUCCUGCGGCAAGCUGGGGGUGCAGGCACGGGUGGUGCAGUGCGUGCAGCGCCUGCAGGACGGCACCAACCGCACCCUGCACACCAAGUACUGCCCUGGGCAGCGCCCCGAGACGCGCCGGCCCUGCAGCCGCCUGCCCUGCCCUGCACAGUGGAGGACGGGCGCGUGGUCCGAGUGCUCGGCCAGCUGCGGGGAAGGCGUCCAGCAGCGGCAAGUGCUGUGCAAAGGCAGCGAGAACGGUGCGCUCUGCGAAGGGGACAAGCCAGAGGCCGUUCAGGGCUGCCACGUGGCCGUCUGCCCGGAGAAGCUCUCUGGCAUCACCACCAGUGCUGACACCAGUGACCGUGGCACAUCCAAAGGACAGCGGGUGCCUCAGGAUGGAGACAAAAACCCUGUUAGCAAGAUCUCCUCCAGGGAACCCUGCCUUGGGGACAAGUCCAUCUUCUGCCAGAUGGAGGUUCUGGCUCGCUACUGCUCCAUCCCUGGCUACAACAAGCUCUGCUGUGAAUCCUGCAGCAAGAAGGCAUCCUCCACCACCAGCUCGCCCCUAGCCACCGGCCCCAGCGCUCUCCUGGGAACUGCUGCUCCCAGCCCUGCUCCCCUGCUCUCCCCCGGCCCCACUGCCUCUGCCCAGAGGGAACACCGGGGGGGCCCCACACCGGUGCCUCAGGCCGGGCCAGCCACCAGUGGAGGGAUGCCCAGCAGCGGUGCUUUACCCAGGGGGCUGCCAGCCCCAAAUGAGCCGGGCAGGGGCUAUGCAGCCAGGUAACCCCUCAGGACACCUCCUCAUGGGGCAGGGGAAACCUUUACCUCCCUCCCUCCCUCUCCUCCUCCCCCUCUUUUUCCUCUCUUCCCCCACCUUCCAGUGGUGGUUUUCAUGGAUGGCACUGCAGGGUUUGGAAACGACCCAGUCACCCAGAAAUUGCCAGGAAAACCACUUCUUUCCCAAGAUCCCCCUUGCCUUCCCAGCUGUGGCAUGGUUUUUUGCUGUUGAUAGCGCCACAGAAAAAAAGGCAAAAAGGAGCAAAGAAAGCAUCAGCGGCUUGGCUGUGGGUAGACAGGCUGCUUCCUCCCACGGUGCUAAAAGGACUGGGGGUGGGUGGGAUUUAAUGUUGCUUUUUCCUUCCCCCUGCCCGAAGCAGCAACACCAGGUGUGCUGGACAGAAGGGUCCUGGAGGAUGCUGGGAAUAUGG